AUGAAGUCGCAAAGAGUUACGCAAAAGACAUGGAUUUUGGCCCUUCUACAGGCGCAUGAUGUGGUCGCCCGUGAGGUGUACGGCGAGGAGUCGCUUCGAGCAUCACCACCACCAGUCAACGGGCGUACUACAGCACCGCCUCCCGAAGAAGAGGAUGACACCGAGCCGGAAUUUGAGAACGUGACUAGGGUGCGCCUCGUGCAAUUCCAGAAAAAUACUGACGAACCUAUGGGCAUAACUCUCAAACUGGCAGACGACGGUAGAUGCAUCGUAGCUCGCAUCAUGCACGGUGGUAUGAUACAUAGACAAGCCACACUCCACGUGGGCGAUGAAAUCAAAGAAAUCAACGGCACACCCGUAGCAAACCAGUCCGUAGCACAACUACAGAGGAUGCUGCGUGAAGCUCGUGGAUCAGUGACAUUUAAGAUCGUCCCUUCAUACCGUUCAGCGCCACCACCAUGCGAGCUUUUCCGGAUAAAGCCUUCGCCCGUGCUAAUAUUCGUGCGAGCACAAUUUGAUUACGAUCCGUUAGAAGAUGAACUGAUUCCUUGUGCGCAAGCGGGCAUUGCGUUCAACACAGGAGAUAUACUACAGAUAAUCAGUAAAGACGACUCUCACUGGUGGCAAGCGCGCAAAGACGCGGCGGGCGGUUCAGCCGGCCUCAUACCGAGCCCUGAACUGCAAGAGUGGCGCGCUGCUUGCGCAGCCGCUGAAAGAUCUACCACUGACCAAGUGAAUUGUUCUAUAUUCGGACGCAAGAAGAAACAAUCGAAGGACAAAUAUUUAGCUAAACAUAAUGCCGUUUUCGAUCAACUAGAUGUCGUCACGUACGAGGAGGUCGUCAAGUUACCAUCUUUCCAAAGGAAGACCAUCGUCCUUCUAGGCGCCCACGGCGUUGGUCGCCGUCACAUCAAGAACACGCUCAUUGCGCGUCAUCCGGAUCAAUAUGCUUAUCCUAUACCACAUACAACUAGGCCAUCGAGAGCUGACGAAGAAAACGGCAGACACUACUACUUUGUAACCCAUGAAGAAAUGAUGGCUGAUAUCGCUGCUAACGAAUAUUUAGAAUACGGUACUCACGAGGACGCAAUGUACGGCACGAAGCUGGACACGAUUCGGCGCAUCCACUCCGAGCGGCGCAUCGCCAUCCUCGACGUGGAGCCGCAGGCGCUCAAGAUCCUGCGCACCGCCGAGUUCGCGCCCUACGUCGUCUUCAUCGCCGCGCCGCCGCUCAACAACGUCGCCGAUUACGACGGUUCGAUCGAGAUCCUGGUGCGCGAGUCGGAGCAGCUGCGGCGCACGUACGGGCACUACUUCGACCUGCACAUCGUCAACAACGACAUCGACGACACGCUGGCGCAGCUCGAGGCCGCGCUCACGCGCCUGCGCUCCGCCGCGCAGUGGGUGCCCGUGUCCUGGGUCUACUGA